AUGUCGAGUGCCGUUCAAGCUAUUGCCGCCAGCGUUGGGGGGCGUUUCCUCCUGCUCGGGUGCGCCGAUGGAGUCCGGGCGUACGAUAUCCCGCCAACGGGAGCGGUGAGGAAACUAAUUCCAAGCCCUGGCGAGGCGCCGGCGCCUCGUGGCUGUCGCGCGGUGGGAGGCCCCGUCCGUGCAGUCGCCGUCCUUGGCGAAACCCCACUGAUUGCCUUUGUUCUCGAGGGCGGCGUGGCACCUGAGUUAGUCUCCGAGGAAGAGGUGGAGGGGGCUGCAGUGCGUGGCGAGUCGACCUCGUCUGUGGCAUCUACCUCGCGUGUUCUCCACCUGUACGACGCCUGCAAGUGCCAGACAAUUGCGGAGCUGCACUUUGAGACCGCUGUAGUGGGAAUUAGGAUGAACACCAGACGCUUGGUCGUUGCACUGGUGGAGUGCAUACAAGUCUUUGAUCUUUCAACGCUGGAGCACCUUGCGGAGUUGCGCACGGCGUCUCCGCCCAAUCCAGGCGGUCUCCUUGUGCUCUCAGAGCUGACGACGAACGUCCAUGGCGAGGCCGUCAGCUAUUUCGCUUUUCCGCAGUCAGACCAGGGCUACGGAGAUGUGUGGGUGGCCCAAAUCGCGGAGUCGCAGAUGAGCCACAAGGGUGAAUCCAGUGGCGGGGGAAACAACUUUUUCGGGGAACGGUGCGGUUUUGUCGAGUGUGCCUCUAUUGUGAAAGCGCAUCACCGCGCGGUGGUGUGCCUGGCGAUGACGCGGGAUGGCACGAGACUUGCCACCGCCUCUGAGCGAGGCACCACCGUAAAGGUCUUUGAGCCCUCCUCUGCCCGGUUGUUGUACCACUUUCGACGUGGCGUGAGGGCUGCCCGCAUGCUUUCGCUCUCGUUUGACCCGUCUUCCGUCAUGUCGGGGCUGCGGCUUGCUGCUCUGAGUGACCGCGGCACGCUGCACGUUUUCCGAUGCUCCUCCACCGGUGGAAGUGAAGUGGUGGCCCCGGCGCCAAUCGUGCCCUACGCGGGUUCGGAGCUGCGGAGCUUUGCGCAGGUGACGGUGGGUAAGGCGUCCGCGGCGACGCCGGCGACGCCGGGUGCUGGAUUGGAGUACAAAACAGGAUGCGAGCUGCAGUGCUGCUUCUUCUCCCAGUGUGAGCGCUUUGUGUUUGUCGUGCUCCCAGCGCCGUGUGCGCUGGGGGAGGAGGCCGCACGUGCACACGAGGAAUCGAACGCCGGCGCCUCGCUACUGCACGCGCAGAAGGGAGCCGUCACCCCUCGUUGGAUGCUGCAGAAGUACUGCAUCCACAUGCACGGGUGUGCGCUCGUGGACUCGCACGUGCUGAACUGA